AUGUUUGUUGGGUCGAACGGGAGCCUCCUGGUGAACAACGCCCACCCCGCGUACCCGCACCUCGUGGACUUCCUCACGUCAUGCUGCGAGCCCGUCUGCCGCACGCUGCACAUGAGCGAGUAUGUCAUCUCCCCCUCGUCCCUUUCCGCGGCGAGCGCUGAGGGGACGUACUCGACGGCGAUGAUACGAAACGUCAUUCGGUACUUUCGCCUGGACGAGCAACACCGACUGCCGGUGGACUUGGAGAAGUUUGCGUCGCUCAUGCGGCGAUUGGAGGAAGUGGCAGACGUGGCGUCGGAGGCGGCACAAGUGUUGCAGCAGCUGCAGGGAAAACAGGAGGCGGAGGAUAAUGAGGUUGGGCUGAAGCGGGUGAAGAAAGAGAAUGGUGAGGCGGCCUCAUUGGUGAAGCAGGAAAAGGCUGAGGAGGCGGCCGUACCAACGCGCCGUGUUCUCUCGCUUGUGCGGGGCGUCGUGAUUCGGCCGGAGCCGCUUGUGUCUCGUGCAUUGUGCUGCCCUGACGCUCUCCGUGCCUUGCCACCGGACCUUGAGCAGAUGCUCUCGGAGGAGGAGCGAUCGUCGCGGGUACGUAUUGUUCUCCAGCCACAACUGCGUUCCUUCCAACGACAUCAAUCGCAUCUGCAGCAGCAGGCGCACCAUAAAGAUGAGGAGAGGCUUGCAUACUUUCUUGUGAGCCAGGACCGGAAGCACCUGGAGUUUCUGGUUAGCCACCUGCAGGAGUUUUUGGUGCCUGUAUCCCUCCAUGGUGUGAUGCGGUGGGUGCUCUCUGACGUGGACCGGGGCGUGGAGGAGAAAAGUGUCGUGGAGAGCGGUAGGGCAAAGACGUUGCGCAGACUUUUUGACACCCCUCCGGCGUCCUGCGCGUCUACGUUGGGUAAUGCUGGCGGCACAGGGAGGAAGUAUUCCCGCCUAGUUUACAAGAGCCAAGUAAAAGAUGGGAAACUGCGCAAUGUGCGGGAGCGACUCUUUAAGGAACUUGGCGUCUGUGCGGAUCUCUUCUAUGACUAUGGCCAGGAUGGCACCCUCGCCGUGCGGGAUUUGGCGCUUGUUGAGGAUGUGCGUUUGCGUCCUUAUCAGGUGGCGUCAUUGGAGCGCUUUCGUUGCGGAAACAAGGCCCACCAGGGGGUCAUUGUGCUGCCGUGUGGGGCGGGGAAGACGCUUACGGGUAUUGGGUUUGCGGCAACCCUAAAGAAGCGGACAAUUGUCAUGUGCAUAAAUGUCAUGUCUGUCCUACAGUGGCAGCGCGAGUUCCUUCGUUGGACGAACUUGUCGGAGGAGCAGGUGACGAUGUGUAUUUCGGAUAAAAAGCAAAUGCCAGGGGACGUGUUUAUCACGACAUACAGCAUGCUUGUCGCACGGCGGCCUGGUGUGCCUGAGCGGGAGCAGCGGGAGGAUGCGAAGAUAACUGCCCGCAUCCUUUCCAGCGUUGAGGAGCAGGCAUGGGGACUACUACUGCUGGACGAGGUGCACACCGCCCUCGCCCACCACUUCCAGGAGGUGCUCAACAAAGUCAAGUACAAGUGCGUGGUUGGCCUCAGUGCUACACUCUUGCGUGAGGACGACAAGAUUGGCAAUUUGCGGCACCUCGUGGGGCCAAAGCUGUACGAGGCCAACUGGCUGGAGCUAACACGGGCUGGGUUUCUCGCCCGCGUGGAAUGCGCUGAAGUACAGUGCCCGCUUCCUCUGCCUUUCUUCACAGAGUAUCUAAAGAGUCAGGCGGAGGAAGACCCGUUUGCGUGCCGCGGGACAAAUACACUUGCCCGUGCUGUGGUGUGCUUCAAUCCGUACAAGCUGUGGUGUGCGCAGGCCCUGCUGGAGUUCCACCGCAACCGAUCCCCCCCAGACAAGGUCAUCAUUUUCUGCGAUGACUUGGAGGGGGUGCAUUACUACGCGCAACAUCUUAAUAUUCCCUUCAUGGACGGGCAUACCUCGGAGAUCGAGCGUGCUAACCUCCUGCAGUACUUUCAGCACUCCAGCGACGUCAACGCAAUCAUUCUCUCUCGCGUUGGCGAUGUCGCGUUAGAUCUUCCAUGCGCAUCGGUUAUUAUUCAGCUAUCCGGGCUGGGUGCCUCACGUCGUCAAGAGGCGCAGCGACUGGGUCGCAUUUUGCGUCCUAAGCCACCCUCACUGGACAACACAUGCUCCUACUUUUACACACUUGUGUCGCAGGACACACAUGAGGUUCAGCAGAGCUAUGGGCGACAGAGUUGGCUGCGGGAUCAGGGCUUUGCGUAUCGCGUGUUGCAAUGUGAUUCCGUACUGAAGGAAUUAUGGCGUACCGGGGGUAAACCCUGCUGCGUGGGACAUCCACAAUGGUGGUAUGAGACACUAGACCGUUCGGCACUGUCCGCAGUGGGUGGCAAAGGUAGCCUUUGGAUUCCAUUUUCACGACAGGCCUCGCGCCGCAUGCAGUAUUUCUUUGUGCGUGGAAGAGAAGGCUGCGAACUGGACUCUCCCUUACUUGCUGACACCCCACGAACAGAAGAGUUAGCUGUUGGCGGUGUAGAAGAAAGGUGGAUUGUGCGCUUCAGUGCUUCCAACGCUCCAGAGACGUUUGGCACCGUACAGAUGGCCGAGGACAACCCAACCCUGGUGCGCCGUAUCUGUUUUGGCCCGCUCGAUAACGAACACGACUGCCUAAAGGAAGAAGGAGACUGCGUCGAGUAUGUGCUAGAGCAGAUGCGGUGUUUGGUCAAGAAACGGGCAAAGCCGCGAUGA